AUGUAUAGAGCCGUAGUUGCAGUUCUUCUUGUAACGGUGGUCAUGAGCCUUCAGCAGGCGGCUUCCGGGGAAACCCUGAAGCGCUUCGAACGGGAGUUGGUGUCCGAGUUGGCGGCGCAGAUCCUGCGCGUGGCUCAGGGACCCUCGGCCUUCGUCGCGGGCCCUCACAAGCGCAACUCGGAGCUGAUCAACUCCCUCCUGGGGAUCCCCAAGGUCAUGACCGACGCCGGAAGGAGAUAGACAAUGAGGGAAAUCUACGUGCUACAGAAAGGAUUAUGGACAUCAAAAAUAUUUCCCAGAACACUUUCAUCUCUUUAACUUGAUAAGAAAAUAAAAGUUGCAACACCAAUUGGUUAUAUUUAUUUUAUGAGAAACUAAAUAAAAUGCUUAAUUAAAA